CAUGGCGAGUGGGAGGUGAAACUGUGCGUGAUUUUCCGUGUUGUUCGCUGAAAUUCUGUGUUGCUUCUUGGCAAAUUAAAACGAAGUACUUCAAGGGAUAUUACCUAAAGGAACGAACUGCAGUAGAUAAAAGAACACGAAGAGAAGAGAAGUGAUAAUAAUAAAACAAAAGUGAUAGAACAAAAGAAAGAACUAUAAGAGGAUGAAAACUUUUACACAUUAUUGAUCACCUCUGUUUCCCUUGACCAAACAAAGUGAAGGAGAAGGGUAACUUAUUUGACCUAGAACAUUGAAAAUAAGGUUAAAUUAACCUUGACCUCGCUUGAUGAUAAUAAGGGCAUUGAUUCUUGACCUACUCCAGUGGUAUUAAGGUCAGUGACCUUUAAUUUUACCUGGGGAUAGUGAAGCUUGACCUUUGACCUUUUCCUCAACUCAAUGUUAUCAAGGUCAUUUGGUACUUGACCUUCCUCAUCAUAAGAGAGGACAUUGAUCGAUCCUUGACCUAGCCUUGGUGAAGGAGGGAGGCAAGAUGACCCGUGUGGUGACCUUACGAGAGGUCAGCCUCCUUCUCUACGUCAUCACCCUCACCCUCAAAGUGGUUGGCAGUGACGAACAGGAGUACCGUCUAACACGCUACCUGCUGGCGAACUACGACCCCUCCGUCAGGCCAGCGAGUAACUCUUCCCAGGCUCUUACUGUCGUCUUCGGCGUCUCCCUGCAUAGUAUUAUUGAUGUGGACGAGAAAAACCAGAUCUUGACUACUAAUUGCUGGCUGACACAGAUAUGGACGGACGCUCACCUCACCUGGAACUCAUCAGACUUUGGUGGGAUCGAAGUCAUUCGGGUCCCCUUCCAGAGAGUGUGGAAACCUGAUGUGAUUCUCUACAACAAUGCGGACGCCCAGUACUCGGCCGCCACCAUCAACACCAACGUGAUAGUUACGUCAGCAGGGCAGGUCACGUGGUUGUCUCACGGGAUCUAUCGCUCCUCCUGUGAUAUGAACGUCGAGUACUUCCCCUUCGAUAUACAAUCCUGCAGGAUGAUGUGGGCGUCCUGGACUUACGAUGGCUACCAGCUUGACUUAGUGAAACAAAUGGAUAGAGGGGAUAUGUCUAACUACCAAUCCAACGGAGAAUUCGACUUGGUGGAAUUCUCAGCAGCAAGGAAUAUCACCUACUACUCAUGCUGCCCUGAGCCAUAUCCUGAUAUAACAUUUACCAUCAAGCUCAGACGUCGACCAAUGUUCUAUGUCUUUAACCUAAUUCUACCUUGUGUCCUCAUUAAUGGCAUCGCGCUACUGGUGUUCUACGUGCCGAGUGAGAGUGGCGAGAAGGUGACACUGGGGAUCUCAGCUCUCCUCUCCAUGACUGUGUUUCUCAUGACCAUCAGAGAGUCACUGCCGCCUACUGAGAAAACCCCACUGAUCAGUUUGUACUACGGUGUGACGAUCUGUCUGGUAAGCUUAGCGUCUGGGAUGUCUGUGUUGACGCUUAAUAUCCACCAUCGAGGAGUGAGAGGGACAGAGGUGCCUCGUCUGGUACAGCGGCUCGUCUUGGGUGGACUGUCUCGGGUACUCUUCCUUCACUUCCAACCUGUAGCUGAGAUCCCUUCCUCAACGCACGACAACAACAUCCACCUUAAUGAUCUGAAAUCACAAGAACAGGGGCUAGGAGACAUUGGAGGGUGUCUGGACUCCAUUAGUGCGGAGAAGCUGCAACAGAUGACCACUUUGGAGACCCUAGAUCACAUUACUGGGUCUCCUAGGCUUCAUACUGCUAGGAGACAUCACCACCACGCCACUCCUAACCAUGACCCUACGACCGCACCUUCGCUAGCCACUCCCACUGCGCAAGCUUCAGACUUCGAGCAUCAGUUCAUGAGAGUAUUGAACAAAGUCUACAACACCAUAGAGAAGAAUGAAGUCAGGCUAGGUGAACAGGACAGAAAGGAGGCGACUCGUGUUCAAUGGCAACAGGUGGCGCUGGUGAUCGACAGGUUCUUACUGGCGUGUUUCUUGUUGUCGACGGUGAUCGCUACCACGACCAUCCUCUUUUCCUCCCCCCACGGGCCUUGACGCUCCAUCAUCACCUACAGUAGCGACACACAUGACAUCUCCGGUACCAUUUAGAGGUGUUGACGAGAACUCCAGUGUAGAGGUCGGGAAAUGUUUAUACCUCCAUUCUCUAAAACUCCACUCCAGUCAUACUCCAGUUAUACUACUCCAGUUAUACUCCUUCAGUCACACUCCAGUUGUACUCCUGCAGUCAACAGUCAUGGUGCUCCACUGCUGCCAACAUUACCAACAGUCAACAAAUAAUCCUCCUCCAGUACUGCCAACAUUACCAACAUCAUAACAAGAAAACAGUCUAUUGUUUUUACACUAAAUGAUCAAUAACCUCAAGAAGCAAGAACCUUAACAAUGGCCAAAUGGAUCGUACAGGACAACUCAUUCAAUUAUUUACAACAGAACCAGAGAUCCAGGAACAGCUUAGUGACCCACGGCACAUCUCGUUAAGUGUGUAAUCGACUAUUUGAUGAUAGAUAAUGGCUCUGGAGAAGGGUAAUGAGGGAGGGUAUGAGAGAGUGAGGGAGGAGAGGAGGGUAGUAGAGAAGGAGAGAGAGUAAG